AUGUCCAUGGCACUCGCAGCUGCGCGGCAGCGGGCGGAGGAGGAGCUGCUGGGGUGGGCGUACAUCACAAACCAACUGCUCCUCGAGAAUGCGCUGGCGGCGCUGGCGGACGUUGAGGAACCCGCGCGGCGGGCGGCGCUGGAGGUUGAGUACGCCGCUGGUCUCGCCGCACUGCUGCGCGCGGAGUGGACGGCAACACAGCAGCAACUUCAGGACGCACGUAAUAGCAUCCAGCAGAUCGCUAACGUUAUUGCACACCAUCGCGAUGGACAGGUGGCACACGGGGUGUGUGCAGACGCUGAGCCACCAGCGGUGAGUCUCCGUCGCCUCCUAGACGAUUUCACUGCAUUUGCUGAGGCUACACAGCAAAAACUACUACAACAAGAACGAUUACAACAACAACAACAACAACAACAAGAACGAUUGCAACAACAACAACAGCAAGAACGAUUACAACAACAACAAGAACGAUUGCAACAACAAGAACAACAACAACAACAGGAUGAAACAGUGUCUCUGCACGGCAACGUGCAAACGCUAUACACACGCAUUUUGCCUCCUCCUCCUGUGAAUCCCACAGCGCGAACGCUUCUCAGUGUUCGCGAUCAAGUGCGGGAGCUUCGGCCGGAAACAGGAGUUUCACCCUACGGCAUCGUACAUACACCGCGACUACAAAAGUAUCAACAUAAUCAAGAAAUUCGCGAAAAGGGCGAGUAUACACCACAUCUAACGGCAUCACCACUGCACACUUUGUACACGUUGCAGACAUCUCCGUCGGCAGUACGGCAUCAUACACCUCAUUCUGGCACACAGGAUAGUGUGUCAUCAGCAGCACUUGCAUGGAGGGAACGCAUGACAUCAUUACAGGCAGGUUUGCGAGACCUCAAACGUGAGCUUGGGAAUUAG